CGACCGCCAGCGGUGUUGGACUACCAGGCGCCUAGCCAGUCAGCCAGCUAGCUGCAAGUCAACAGUAGGCUACGGUGUUUCUUCUAUGUUUGUUAACUGAGAAGAACGUCUGUCCGGAUCUAGAUUCGACUAUAGCCUGGCGAUUAUGGAAGACGACGAUGUUGCUGACAGCUGGGAGGAAGCUGCAGACAGUGGGGAAAUAGAAAGAAGACUUGAGGCAAAGCUGAAAAUAAGCCAGAACGCCAAGAAACCAGCCUGCAGCUCCCCCUUGCGGACUGCCAUUGUGAUUCAGGAUGAUUCUCUGCCGGCGGCGCCCCCACCUCAGAUACGCAUUUUGAAGCGCCCAACGAGUAAUGGUUCAGCAGGUUCGUCCACUUCCUCCACCCGUCCCUCACAGCACAUGAAGUCCUUGGCCCAGAGAGAAGCAGAAUAUGCAGAGGCUCGCCUGAGAAUCCUAGGAAGUUCCAGCUCUGAAGAAACACAACAGGACAAAACCAACAUUGACAGCAGACCUGUUCGUGUGAAUGCACCGCCACCAUCAGAAGCAGUUCGUCCCAACAGUCAUGUGAUCCGACAGCCAAUUGGUCCAGAUGAUACCAUAGGCUUCCGACACUGCAGAUAGGUGUCAGCAGGGAGAACAGUA